AUGGCGGUGCAAGAAGCUGCUGUCCUCAAGGAACAGGGCAACAAGCGCUUCGCAAGAGGUGACUAUGGAGGCGCAGAGGGUCUGUACUCGCAGGCGAUCAUCGCCGACCCCAAAGACCCCAAGAUCUACACCAACCGCGCACUGGCACGCUUAAAGCUCCAACGCUGGGAGGACGCCAUCCUAGACUGCCAGACAUGCCUCGGCCUCUCCUCAGACAACAUGAAGGCCCACUUCCUGAUCGCCCAGGCCCAGAUCGAGCUUAAGUACUUCGACGACGCCCUCCACAACGUGAAGCGCGCCCACGAACUCGCAGUCAAGACCGGGGACAAGUCCCUCGGCGCUAUAACACAGCUGGUCCUGCGGUGCAAGAAGGAGCGCUGGGACGACAAGGAGCGGAGGCGCCUGCGCGAGAGCUCCGCCUUGGAGCGCGAGGUGCUCGAGAUGCUCGAGAAGGAGCGCGCCCAGGCCCUGGCCGACUGCAUUGACGAGUCCGAGCUCAAAGACGUUUCGGCAGACUGGGACGUCAAGAUCGCCGACAUGAGGAAGACCUUCCAACAAGCGAGGGGCGAGCAGGGCAAGAGGAGGGAUGUCCCCGACUGGGCCGUCGACGACAUCACGUUCGGCAUCAUGGUUGACCCCGUCAUCACGAAGACGGGCAAGAGCUACGAGAGGGCGAGCAUCCUCGAGCACCUCAAGCGCUCCAAGACGGACCCUGUCACGAGGGAGCACCUGGAUCCGUCUGAGCUGCGGCCUAACCUUGACCUGAGGGACGCCUGCGAGGACUUUUUAGAAAAUAACGGGUGGGCUGUCGACUGGUAG